UAUCUACUCCAUCUGUCUUAUUCAAGAUGGUUAUCCCUCCGUCUUAUUCAAGAUGGUUAUAUUCUUGAAUAGCACGAAGUUUUAGAUGGAAUAAUUGUUUGUAAUAAAGUACUAGAAUGGAAAAAGUAAUUGAAUAUUUUAAUGAGAAGAGAAGAGAGAGGAUAGAGAAGAGAGAGAGAGAUUUAAUUCUGAAUAUAGAAAUUGGACAUCUUGAAUGUGACAAACUAAAAAGAAAAAAUGAACAUCUUGAAUAAGGAGAGAGUAGAAGAUUUGAAGUCAAAUUCAACUCUUCUAAUAAAAAGAUCUGCAUAAAAGGUAACUCUUGAUCCGUAGCAGAGAUUCUCAGAAAGUACUCCUAGGGCGUGUUUUGUAGAUGGGAAUAAGCAAGAAUUUUAUUUUUAUCCUCGAUAUUCUCUGCGUUUUGUAGCCUUGACAACAAACCUCGUUGACCCGGGAGUUCUGUAGUUUGAAAUCCUCUUUUCACUGUUGGAAUUGGAAAGUUAAUUUUAAAAAGUGUCUUGAACUUCUCGCCGGCUAAAUUGUUUGCUAUUCCUUCAAUUACUUUCCUCUUCCCUCUAUCAACCCACAAAAUAUUAGGGCAACGAUUCUUCUUCGUCCGCGGAGGCUUUUGACGAAAUUUACUCUCGGAAACAGCAAACUCCUGCUGAAUUCCUAUUCCGAUAAGUUAUCACCAUCUUCACUCUUCGAUUAACAUAUCUUCCAGAUCUCGUAUGUGCCCAUCUUAGAUUCGCUCAUAUUUCAAAUCAAAAUCAAAUGCCUGUUUGAGUACUAUGAUUUUAUUUGUGCUAUUGUCUCUGUACUGUUAUCGACUGCCACUAUGUGAACCCGCCUCGACAAGUUCAUGAGCACUUGUUUUGAUUAACUGGAGUUUGACUUUUUAAUCCCACCAUUCUGCAAAACAUUCUUAGUGGAGACCUGCCUCGAAAGUUUAAAGGUACCUCAUGAGUGGGUGCACCGGCAUGGUCGGAACUUGCCACAUAACUGUACCCUAAUCAUGCAAAAUCGGCGACGUUGGGUUGUAAGGUUAGUGCAGGUGGAAAACGGGUUCUAUUUUAGGUCUAGUUGGAACGAGUUUGUUCGCCAAAAUUUCUUGGCGCAAGCAGACUUCCUUGCAUUUCAUUAUGUGGGAGGGGGAGAGUUCCAAGUCUACAGGUUCAACAGUUUCAGCGGAUGUCCGUCGAGACCAGAUUACGACGCCUCACUGACUCCUGCAUAUGAGAGUGAUGUCGACCUAUAUCCGGAUGUGAAAACCAGCGAUGACUUUGACACCUCCGACGAAGAGGCCGAAGACAGGGCUGAUGAGGACCAUGACUUAAGAACAAGUGUUCGCGCGCUUUCCAUCGGUGAUGGACCUCCAUCAUUCAGCGUUGUGCUUUCUGCAGCGCACUUCAAUGGCACGUUGGAAAUGCCCCUCGAUUUCUGGAAGCGAUACCUAUACCCUCGGUGUUUCCCGUGUAAAGCGUACUUCACGGUCCAUGGUUCAACGUGGGAGAUGCAGGUUGCCAAUACACGUGGAAAGAUCCGUAUCAAACGCGGUUGGUCACUCUUCAAGCGCCGUAAUUCAGUAGGAUGGGGUAUGACCUUGCAUUUCCUCCUUUCUGAUAUCAACGGUAUCCACUUCUAUGUCUUAAUCAAAGCAUGAAUAUGCCAUGUCGUUGACUGCGGUCUAUGGGUUUGAACUACAUAGGUAUCCACUCAAGCAUGCUCCGAUUUUAAAUGCAACAAGUAUGUUUUUUAUGUAAGUUAUCGUAAUGUGAGUGGCUAUUCCCUCUUGAUGCCUACUGUUAGUGAUGUAUGUAGUAGCAUAUGUUUUGUAGUGCAAGAAGUGUUCAGCAGAACAUUUCCUAAAGCAUAAUUCACAGUAGCAUUACUUCA